ACAUCAAUUCACACCGUUAUGUAAUCGUCUGUCAGCUGGGUGAAGGAAGCUUUGGAGCCGUUUAUGCAGCGACUCGUUUGGAGGAUGGCCAAAAGGUGGCGAUAAAAGUCGUCUCCAGCAGGAACACAAAGUUCAUCAGCAUUGACGGUUAUUCCAAGCCUCUUCCUCUGGAGGUUGCUUUGCAAAUUCUUGCAAACGAAGGCCCCAGGGUAGAGGAAAUCAUCCAGCUUCUGGACUGGCGGGUGGAGCCUGACCACUACAUUUUGGUGCUAGAGCGGCCCGUUCCCUUUGAGGAACUGAACUGGUUUCUCCUGCAGCAAAUGGUUACCAUUCAAGAGGACGUGGCACGAGUUAUAAUGCGCCAG